AUGAAAGGCACCGGCAAGACUGCCACCACGUGUGCGCUGCUCAAGGUCGCCGCGAGCGGCGGUGGCGGCGGGCCGCUGCUGGCGUGUGCCGACUCGAACGCCGCGGUGGACCAGCUGCUCGACGGCUUGCUCAAGCUCGGCGUGCGCGGCGUGCGGCUCGGGCAGGCGAGGGCGGGAGAUGCGGGGAGAUGUGUGGAGAGGCAGAGGCGCACGCUCCAGUCGGGCUGGGCGACGCUGCGGCAGUGGGAGGAGCGGAUGAGAGACGACAUCCUCGCGUCGGCCGAGGUCAUCUGCAGCACCCUCAUCGGCGCUGGCUCGGAGUCGCUCGGCGGCCUCACUUUCUCGCUCGCGACGGAGCCCCGCGCCUCCAUCGCCCUCGCCCUCGCCCGCGGCCGCGUGGUCCUUGUCGGCGACCCGCAGCAGCUGCCGCCCACGACGCUCUCCGAGGAGGCGCGCAGGGCGGGCCUCGCCGUCUCGCUGUUCGAGCGCGCCCUCGCCGCAGGCUACCGCAUGCACCCGCUCCUCGCCGCCUUCUCGAGCGCAGCCUUCUACCGCGGCGCCCUCACCAACGGGGUCUCCGUCCUGCACACCGAGGCGCGCGCUGUCGCUGACGUGGUGGCUCGCGUGUGCGGGCGGGAGGGCGGCGCGGCGCCGUCCGACGUCGGCGUCGUCUCGCCGUACCUCGGCCAGGCGGACGCCACUCUGUCGGAGGAGGCGGUGGAGGUGCGGACGGGGCGAGAGAAGGAGCUCAUCGUCUUCUCGGCGGUCCGCUCCAACGGCCGGCUCAUCGUGAUUGGCGACGCGGCGACGCUGCGGCACGACCCGUGCUGGGCAGCCUUCCUCGAGUACGCGGCCGCGGCGCGGUGCAUCGGCUCGCUCGACGCGCAGGGGCGGGUGCUCGACGAGGACGGCCAGCUGCACGGGGUGCUCUGA